UAAAGAGGCGAAGCAUCUGACGAAGAAGCACAAGUACCAACCCAUCUGCAUCCUAACCGCUUCAUCGCCGGUGUCCGUGUGACAGAGAGAUUAUGUUCACUAUCAAGGUGUUAGUGGCGGUCGUACUUUGUACGACGGCGAUAUUAGCUCUUCCUCAACGACCUAGCGGUGGCGCUGACAAAGAUGCGGUAAUUACAUCUCAGCAGCUCGAAGUCAACUUUGACGGCACUUACGUCAAUAACUUCGAGACAAGCAACGGAAUCAGUCACCAAGAAUCGGGACAACCUAAACAAGUAGACAACGAGACACCGGUUGUUUCGCAAGGCUCCGAUUCUUACACGGCGCCGGAUGGUCAGCAAGUCAGUAUCACGUACGUGGCGGACGAGAAUGGCUUCCAAGUGCAAGGAUCUCACAUCCCCACGGCACCACCGAUACCACCAGAGAUUCAAAGGGCGCUCGAAUGGAACGCGGCUCACCCAGAAGAAGACGACGGUGGUCAACCACGACCACCUGGCCGAGGUUAAUCAGCCCAACUAUACCUCAAACGUGACCUGAUUUCGAGCCAGCUUGCCAUGGACAGAACCGACCCUGAGCCUUCGAUGCGACCAUAAAAAUAAAUAUAGUGUGGUAUAUUAAUCUAGGAUUAUACAUAACAGAAAAAAAUAAGGCGCGAGCCAGCCGGUAUAUAAUAACUGUAUACUUCGAGAUUCUUUAUCUUACCUGUAUAGAUGAAAGUAACGCGCACUGUUCAGCAGUUUACGACAGGAUCGUGCCGAUGCGCGCACGCUGCUUUCACAAACGUAAAACGCGAUAAAACGACGACGCCAUCGCAGCUGCGAAGACGCGUAUCGAGCGUCGAUAGUACAUAAUAAUAUACGUAUACUUUAACUUGUGAUUUUUGUAUAUAAAUAAAAACGUUUUGCCGAAGAA